AUGCCAAAAUCUAAGAAAUCAACAAAAAAGUUUCAAAAGCAACACCUUAAGCAAACCAUAGAACGACGAAAGAAAGUUCAAAAGAUAAAAAAAGCAGUUGAUCAAAGGGAAAAGAAAAGAGGUUUAAAGCGGCGUGUCGGUGAAGUUAAAAAGGCUAAAAACGAAAUAGAAACAGAAAAGAAUGAUACUGUAGAAAACAGUGAACCAGAGGAUAUGAUUGAAGAGUAA